AUGCUGAUCAGCACCCAACUUCCUGCAUUACAUAGCGAACUCAACGAUCCCAAGUUCUCUUUUGAUUUCUCGACUCCGGGUGUGAAGGGUAGGGGCCGCUUCGAGCUAGUCCGCGUUCUCGACGACGUGUCGCAGCACUUGCACGCAACUUGCGAAGCUGAUGUGGCGUACCAGAUCUCGGAACGGCCUGAUACGCCCCUAUCUGUCUCCCUCAUCAAGUCUUGGCUGGAAGAGUGCGUGCAGACUCAUGAGCCAUGUACGUGGAAACCUCAGCCAGCGCUACCGACCCGGGUGAUCGACGUAGGAGCCAGCAAUACCAGCGAUGAGCCCAGAUUGCUGGUCACCCUCGGGAAACAUGGACGGUACCUCGCGCUCAGUUACUGUUGGGGCCGCAGUCAGACUCUCACUACGAAGAGAAACAACUUCCAAGAGCAUCAGCGGGAGAUACCGAUGCGAUCGCUGCCCCGUACCCUGCGAGACGCCGUUUGCUUUACGCGGUUUCUUGGGAUACAAUACCUUUGGAUAGACGCUCUUUGUAUCAUUCAAGAUGAUGCCGAUGACUGGAGACGUGAAGCUGCCAAGAUGUGCUCGGUCUACGAACCAGCCGUGCUCACUUUGUCCGUCUUGAAUGGAACUUCCAGCGAUGCGGGUUUCCUGGACAUACGGUCAAGAGAGGCGGUAGUCACUCAGCUAGACGGCUGCGAAGUCGCUCUAAGGACGCCUUUGCCCAAAGCAGAGAGCGCCAUUCCGAGCGGCUCGCUUGGAACACGAGCCUGGACGUUGCAGGAGCGUGUUUUGGCACCAGCGGUAUUACACAUUGACACGGAACAACUCUACUGGGAGUGUUGCAGUGGCCUGGCCUCAGAAUCAUAUCCGGCGAUUCGGAGAGCUCGCACUGGCAAGAAUGAUGUUCAAUUCGGCGCCAGCAUCCACGACAUGAAGGUUCAGAUCGGACAACAGAAGGACUCGCCAUCCAUGAGGCUAUGGUACGCUUUACUAGAAAAUUACUGUGGAAGGCUACUCACGAAUUCAAGUGAUCGCCUCCCAGCCAUUAAAGGGCUUGCGACAAGGUUUCAGUCCAUUGUUUCGGCGGGAUACAACUACGGUCUUUGGUUUGAUGAUCUGGCAAAUGGUAUACUAUGGAGAGUCAUCAAGACUGAUGUCGUUCGGCCUAAACCAAAGGUGAAAUCUCGCGACACCGGCGUCCCUUCGUGGAGCUGGGCUUCAUUUGACUCCCGUAUUACCUUUGACAUACCUGGCCCCAAAGCCUCGCGCACCGCCUUGGCAACAUUCGAACCGCAGAGGCCAUCAAAAAGAGGGCCAGCGACCGAGCGGUGGCCAAGGAUCGCCAUCACAGGCCUGUGUCAGAAAGGUGUGCUGUUCAAAGGACGCGGCCGUUAUACGUUGGUCACCAAGGACAGACGCUCGCGGUUCACUGACAUCGAUUGUAUCCUAGAUUGUGAGCUGGAGGAUGUGGAGCUGUUCCACUGCGCUCCGAAGCCAUACUAUUGUCUUUUGAUCGCAAAGGAAGAAGGUUCAGGUGGAGCCACUUACCGCUACCUUUUGCUUAGCAGUGCACCGCACAGCUCGUCGACUACUUCGAGUCACCGGGUGUUCCAGCGCGAAGGUGUCGGGACACAGUACCUUUCGCACGACGGAGAAGAACCUACUGGUGCUGGCUUCAGUGCUUGGGACAUCGUCCUGGUUUGA